AUGGCGACAGCAGCACUUGCAGGAAGUACCGGCCUGGUGGGUUCCAACAUCCUCAGCCAACUCCUCGCUCACUCCUCCUUCUCCUCCGUCUACGCAUACGCGCGCCGCGACCUACCCAACCCGACCGCCACCAGCAAGCUCAACCCCCUCACAUCGACUGACACCUCGACAUGGGUCAGCCUCUUCCCGCGCGAGUCGAAGCCCAAGAUCUUUUUCUCGGGUCUGGGUACCACAAAGGCACAGGCAGGCAGCGUUGAAGCGCAGCGUAAGAUCGACUACGACCUGAACCUCGACCUUGCGAAAGCCGCCAAGGAGGCCGGCGUAGACACAUACGUGCUCAUCAGCGCUGGGUCGGCGAACGCGCAGAGCAACUUUGCGUACGUGAAGAUGAAGGGGCAGCUUGAGGAUGAUGUCAAGGCGCUGGGGUUCAAGCACACGGUCAUUGUGCGCCCAGGGCUUAUACUGGGCGGACGAGAUGACAGCCGGCCUGCAGAGUUUGCGGUACAGAGCGUGGCCAAGCUCUUCAGGAGCGUGACGCCUAAGCUAACAGAUUUCUGGGCGCAGGAUGCGGCAACUAUCGCGAGGGCGGCGAUCAACGCCGGGGUACAGUGUCUCGAGGGCAAGAGGCAGGAGGGGGAGUGGGUGCUGGGUCAAGCGGAGAUCAACGCCCUGGGUAAGGCGUAA